GAGAUGAGAAAUAAAUGCUGGCAGUUUCAGCAAUGUUUCACUUCUCAAUUUCCUUUGGUCAAUGGCGAGUAAUCCUAGUUUCCUCAAAUUUGCAACUAAAAUCCCUGGAAUAUUCUGGUAAAUCUGCACCCUCUUAAGGACCCUUAUGUCCUUCCUUAAAGAUGGUACCAUGAAUCACCAGAGCUUUAUGAAAUUUCAGCAUACAUUUUCUGUUUUUAUCCUCAAAGCCUGUAUUUAUGAGACCCAAGAUUCCAUAUGCUCUGGUAAAUGUUUGCUCAAUCUGUCCUGCAGUUCUGCAAUUUUCAAAGUAUAUGUCCUCCACCUAACUGUUCAUGUCCCUCUGACAUUGUACACAAUUGCUGUGCUUAAAUUGUAUUAGGUAAGCCUAUAUUGUAUGCACUAACAUUUUAAUUGCUGUAAAUGAUUAAGUACACUCUUAAUCAGACUUGAUCUCCCAUGUAAUAAUUUACUAUAUCAAUUGAUCUUUGCAGACAUUUUUUCUAGCUGAGUAAACAGAAGUGGGGAAGUUUAGUUUUAAAAAUUCUAAUAAACACCAUUUAACUUUUCUCAAUUAAAUACUGGAAUAAUUUUAUGUCUCUUUAAAGAGCAUAUGUCUGUGUCUUGAGGAAUUUCAGCAAUCUUGAGAAGGAAUGAGACAAAUUUCAAAGUUGACCAACCGUGCACACUCUAUCAUAGCAAUUCCCAUAAACUGUGUUGAUUGUUUCAUAAGAGUAUCUACUGCUUGCAAAAUUGCAUCCUUGAACUGAUUCUCCCACUUUUUAAAAUAGUGCAUUUUUUUAACAAUUUCCCAGAAAUGUUAGUCAGGUUCAUGUGGACACAGCCCUGUUUAUAAAUAACCCUCCCACCCCCUUGAAAAUCAAUAAAAUCCAAAUGUGAACUUUCAAGCUGUUUAUUUAAAAUCAUUCAGUGUUCCAGAGAUAGAGGUGUGCGUCAACAAAAAUCAAGUUGGAAGGGGAAAGAAAAUGACAAAAAUGUUUCAGAAAAUUGAAUUAAUAGUAACAUUCAUUUGUAUUGUGCAUAGCAGCAUUGCAUUAAUUGAUCCAAACUGCCGUGAUCCAGACCCCAUUGACAAUGGAUUUUUUGAAGUGAAAAUAAGUGGAAACUCUGUAAAAAAGCUUUUCUAUCAAUGUUUCCCAGGGUACACUUUGACUGGCACACGAUAUCAACACUGUGAAAAGUCAGUCUGGCAGCCAAAGUCCCCGAAAUGUAAACCGAUAUCAUGUGGCAAUCCAGGGGAGAUUUUGAAUGGAUAUUAUAAUGCGUCAAGUGCUGAAUUUGGAAGCAGAGUUUCAUUUUACUGUAACCCUGGGUUCAAAUUAAUUGGUAACAUCAAUCGUAUUUGUCAAGUUAGUGGUUGGAGUGGUCAUGUUCCAGUAUGUGAAGUUAUCAAAUGUAAUAAUCUUGAAGAUAUUGAGAAUGGAAGAACUCCAGACUCACCCAAUGGAGAAUAUUGGGAACAUGGAAUGGUAGCACAGUAUUCAUGUGACACAGAGUAUUCAUUGAUUGGUGCAGAAGAACUUGUUUGUACAGAGACUGGAGAAUGGAACAAUAGCCCUCCAAAAUGCAAAGCUGUCAAAUGCGAACCUCCAAAUCUGCCUGAAAAUGCCAAUAUAGUAUCUGGAUAUAAAUACACGUAUAAAUAUCGUGAAACAAUAACCUACAGAUGUAAGCAUGGUUAUAAAAUUGUUGGGAACAAUGUCAUUGAAUGCGGAGAGGACAACGAAUUCUUGCCACCACCACCCACCUGUCAACUAUCUGGAUGCUAUGAACCUGAACCAAUCGAGAACGGAAAAAUAAUAAAUAAGAAGCCUGUAUACGAGUUAGAGGAAGAAGUUAACUAUGUGUGUGAUUGGAGGUAUAAACUGAUUGGUGCAAAAGUUAUUCGGUGUGUGGAGAAUCACAGAUUUGAACCAUCACCACCUCAAUGCAGUAGAAUUAUUUGUAAAGUAAACACGUUUUUAAGCAAUGGCCAAAUAACGUCACGACAUCAUGUAUAUUACAUGGAUGCAGCAAUCACUUACAAAUGCAAUCGUAGGUUUAAACCAGUUGCUGACGGGAGAAGUACAUGUCAAGAAAAUGGCCAUUUUUAUCCAGAACCUGCAUGUGUAAUUGUUACUUGUACAGUAAACAGGUAUUUAAAAAAUGGCCAAGUAACGUCACGAAGUGAUGUAUAUCACAUGGAUGAUGAAAUCACUUACAGUUGCGAUCGUAGGUUUAAACCAGUUGCAGACGGGAGAAGUACAUGUCAAGAAAAUGGACAUUUUUAUCCAGAACCUGCAUGUGUAAUUGAUUCUAACUCAGGGAGAGACUCCAAACUAAUACAAAACAAGCUAAAGGACAUUGUUGGAUUGGGAAAACAAAUGCUUGAGGAGAAAGAGAGGAACAUCCACACAGAAGAGGAGCUUUUAAAACAUGAAGCAGCAAAUCGUCAAAAAUUUGGAAGGAUUUUGCAAAAGAUUGAACAACUUCUUAACCAUUUGAAUACUUCUCAAAUUUGUUAAAUCUUAUCUUUCAUAUUACAAAAUUUGAAAGUGUCAAUGUUAUUUACAAAUGCCAAAAUGACUCUGUUCAAGUAAUUUCAGUUACAGUAAACCUCAAUUUUAUUUUUAAAUUGUCUUGUAGAUAAGUUGAGGAGGCAGUGAGGAAAUUCAUCAGUUUUAAAUAUUCGGUUGUGAAAAAAAAAGUGAAUAAGGAAAAGAAAAUCCCACCUGGAUCUGAAUUUAAAUUUUAUGUAAAUUUCUGAUGAGAUACCUCUUUUCUGACCAGUUUUCAAUGAAGAGAUAUAACACGGGUAAAUUUUAAUGGUUGGCCUUCAUUUCAAUUCUGCAGGUUAAUUGAGAAAUAGUGGAAAAUGAUACAACCCAGAGGUUAUCCUUUUAUGCAACAAAUGUGAUAACUUUACUUUGUCAGCUGUCUUGUGAAAGUCUUGUGUUGGAAGGUGGAUAGGAAGAAUCCAAGGUUGGGAAUGUCUAUAUAUGUAGGAUCCAGAGGAAUAUCAUAUGUAGAAAAUGUUCCCACUGGCCAACUAUUGGUGGAGAUCCUGUUUUUCAGAAUAAUGAAUGAUGAGAUCCUGCUACUUGGUGCAGGCACAGUGAGCUGAAUGGCCUCCUUCUGCAUAAGACAUUGCUGAUUCUGUGAACUCUAAUAUUGAUUUUGACAUUUUCUUAAUUGAUAAGAGGAUCAAGAGUUACAGGCAGAAAGCAGGAAAAGCAGAAACAUAUGACACAUGAUCGAAUGCAGAGCUAAAUGGCCUAAAUCUGCUCCUAUAUCUUAUGUCUUUUUAGUCUUAUGGACAAGUAACUCAGAGUUUUCAUUGCCUCCCAACAAUCUUCACUGGAAAGAAAAGGUUUAUAGUACCCAUCAGACAUAAGAUGGUUGAUGAGUACAAGUUGUUUUCUGUACAAAUGUAAGUUAUGGACAAUUCAUUAUCCUGUCUUGGUAAUUGACUAUUACCUCAUACCAAGAGUGUUCCUGAGUUUUAUUUCUUUCAGGAAGGAGAACAGGUUUCAGAAACUUGGAUAAAGAAAGCCACUAAGUCAAAAUUUCAAAACAAAAUCUUUCGAAGGCAGUGAGGUCCACCUAAAGUUCCAAGCAAUAUAACAGGCAGGCAAUCAUUAAAAAUGCAAUUUGCUUAAGCCAAGCAAGACAUUACAUUGAUAUAUGAAAGUGUAGUUCAAUUAUUUUUUGCUACGAUGCAAAAACAAUGCUAUCUGAUAGUAGCAUAGUGCUUUGUAUGUUCGCACACUACAAAUUAAAAUAAGAAUUCAUGCCUGGCA